GAAAUGGGAUCGUGAAUCCCCUCUGACACGUAUGGUGUUAAGGCAAUACAACCUUUUGUUUUCCCACUCAAGUGCACUGGCGCUAUGGGCAUGUUUUGCACAGCUGGUAGAUUUAAAGAUUUGGAAUUGUGAUGCUCUUGUGUACUGGCCAGAAAAAGUGUUCCAGCCCCUGGUAUCCUUGAGGACGUUACAAGUUUGGUACUGCAAGAAACUGACCGGACGCACACAAGAAGCUUCUGAGCAAUCUGCACCGCCAGAACGGAGUGGACUCCUGCCACGUCUGGAGUCUCUACUGAUAGAUGAAUGUGCAUCUUUGGUAGAGGUUCCCAACCUACCGGCGUCUCUCAAGGCCUUAUUUAUUUGGAACUGCCGUAAUCUCGAGUCCAUCGUAUUCGGCCAGCAGGAGGAUACGCCAUCAUUAAUUGCAGGGUCCAGCAGUGAGACCAAGGCAUUUACAGCUGUACCGAAGCUGUCAUCACCAGCAAACCAUUCCUUCAUCCCAUGCCUAGAAUCGCUAAAGAUAUCGAACUGCCGUGGCUUGGCAGAGGUUGCCAAUCUUCCUCCAUCCAUCAAGACCUUGAAGAUUUCGGGGUGCGGCAAUCUUCCCUCCUUAUCAGGACAGCUGGACGCCCUCCAAACAUUAGUUAUUGACGAUUGCCGUGGAUUGAAAUCGCUGGAAUCUUGCUUAGGAAGGCUCCCGUCGCUGGAAGCCCUCCAUCUUUACAGUUGCAGCAGCCUGCAAUCCUUGCCGAAUGGGCCUCAAGCGUACCCAUCAGUAUUCGAUCUUGCCCUGGUAUAAAGUUGCUUCCCACCAGCCUACAGCAACUUCUGGAUCAUCUCCAGGAGAAAUGGCUAGACACCCGUUACCAAGGAUGGGAAUAUGCAAUCAGGAGGCGGCUGGCGUGCUUGAAAUAAGAUCGAAGACCCGAUGAAAGUUAUCACCAAGGAUCGUUACCGGACCAGCAAAAACGAUGGAUUAUUGUGACUCGGGGUAGAAUGUAUCGCAUGCCCUUUCCGAAGAUUAUUUGAAGGACUUGAUUUUGAGCAGAGAACAAGUCCCAGGCUGCAAGCUGAAGAAUUUAGCGUGUUGAGCUCCGUGCUCCAGUUCUUUUUAUCAUUCUUUUUUUUUUUCAAGUGCGUGACGUGCUUGAAUUCGUGUGUGCUCCAAAAUAAACGAAACGCAUGUGGAACUUUCAUUUUUUAUGCUUUUUUAAGCUACCUUUUCAAAUGCACUGAACUUCAUUCCACGUGGGUAUCUAAUACUGAAUGGCGUGCAGCGA